AUGCCUAGUAAAGAUGAGUUUACAAUAUUUCAAGACCGAAAGUCUUUUAAUAUAGAAAGAAUGAAAAAAUCAAAGAAAUUAAAUUUGUCAAAUCAAAAAAAUAGAAAUCCAUUACAAUCCAUAAAUGUAAACAAACAAAACAUAAGAGAAAAUCAUAAAUCAAAACCUCAAGUCCCUACUUCUCAAUUAAAUACUAGGCAAUUAUUAUCCAAAAUCAAAAAGGACGAAGUGCAUAGGGUUGAAAAGAUUAAGAAACAAGUUGAAAUAAAUCCAACAAAUUUAAGAUUUGAAAGUUUGGAAAAUAAUAGAGGAUUUUUACCAAGAUUCAAUUCGAUUGAGACUAAAUUAAACAAUGAAGAUAUAAAAGACCCGAUAGUCAAACUAUUUCAACUCCAACUUCAAAAAGUGGUUUCUUGGUAUAAAUUAAAUCGAUAUCAGUACAGUGUGAAAGAAGAGCAAAUUAAAAUUGAUCCAAUCGAUUCCAUCACACCAGUAGCGGAAAAUGAAACAAAAAACAAUUCAUCCAACAGUUUAAUGGAGUCUCUUUUGCAAUCUGAAGAAAAUAAAUCAUCCAAUAAACAAGUUAGAGGUAAAGUCUACAAACUCACUAAAAUUCAAAAUAUAAGUGAAUUUCUCACCAUUGUCACUGUUGCACCAAUUGAAAAAGAAAGCUCAGAAAAACAGAUGGGAUUGAUCAAAAUAUAUGAUACUAAAUUAACUAUCGGUGAAAGAAUUUGCAUAGAAUCAAAAAUUGACAACGAACCUAAUCAUUCAUCCAUUAAAUUGUCGAAUGGUCAAGAAAUAGAUGUCUAUUUGAAAUGGAAAGUUGUAGAAUAA